AUGGCUCCUCAAACACUCCAAUCUCGUCAUGAACACAAGCUUCCUGUAGUAGAUGAUGAUACAGAUCAAAGGACUGAGCGAGUUCAACGAGCUCAAUGGCUCCGAGCUGCCAUUCUGGGUGCAAAUGAUGGCUUGCUCUCUACUACUUCAUUGAUGCUUGGCAUAGGCGCAAUUCGACAUGAUAGAUGGUCCAUGGUCCUCUCUGGAUUGGCUGGAGCUCUUGCUGGCGCCUGCAGCAUGGCGGUCGGGGAGUUUGUUUCCGUUUCCAUGCAGAGGGAUAUCGAAGAGGCAACUGCAAACACAAUGAAAGGAGAGGAGAAUAACAUCAUUGGCAAGGAAACACUGCCAAGCCCAUAUAAGGCAGCAGCUGCAUCAGCCUUGGCAUUUUUGUGUGGGUCAUUUGUUCCAAUAGCAUCCGCAAUGUUUGCGGCUCACAACACAGUGAGGACUGUGGUGAUUGUCGUGGUGGCCUCAUUAGCUCUGGCUCUGUUUGGAGGAGUGGGAGCUCAGCUUGGUGGAGCACCAAUCAGGGUAUCGGCGGUGAGAGUUCUGGUUGGGGGUUGGGUCGCCAUGGCAAUCACCUAUGGGUUGCUCAAGCCUUUUGAGAAAGAAGAAUAA